AUGGGGACGAAACGAGAACACGUGGGCAAACACCAGUGGGCCAUGUACACGUCAGCAAGGUCGUUCAUAGGCGGGAAGCGUAGUAGUCAAAGAGGCCUCGAUGCUGUUGGAAUCCGGGAUGUAGCUCGCGUCAUGCGCCGUCAGAUCGUUGUAGUUAUGUCAGCGCCGUCCAUUCUUUUACCUAAUGGCUGUUUUUGCACGUGCACGCCAACACCCAAAAGAACCCUAGCCUCUUCCCACUUCAGCAUCGCCUCCCUCGACGGAUCGAAGCGCCUCUGCCACAUCCGCGGCAAGAUGCACAAAAAGGUUUGGAUCGCUGCCGAGGACAUCAUCCUCGUCGGCCUCCGUGACUACCAGGACGACAAGGCGGACAUCAUCUUCAAGUAUAUGCUUGACGAGGUCCGUCUCCUUAAGGCCUAUGGUGAGCUCCCUGAGAACAUCCGCCUCAAUGAGGGCAUCAGAGGGCUCGACGAGGAGGACGAGGGCGGUGCCGAUGACUACAUUGAGUUCGAGGAUGAAGAUAUCGACAAGAUCUAA